CCUAACCAGCGUCACACAGCUCUCCUGCUCAUCUGAGAGUAGGCAGGCCGGUGUUUUUCCACUGCCUCGGAUGUCUCAUGUCCCCCCGUUUUGAGAGACAAAGGUCAGAAAGAGAGGCUUAUAAACAGGCUAAAAUACAGGCUACCGACGCGUCCAACCCUCAGUCGCUCUCACGGACACAGGAGGACACGGACAAGACGAAACGGACAAGGGACCACGCUCAAAGGACAUUAAAAGGACAAAAUACACACUAUCUUACAUCAACACAUCAGAAUGGCUCAAAAAGAGAAACUUCAGUGCCUGAAGGAUUUCCAUAAGGACACUCUGAAGCCAUCUCCUGGUAAAAGCCCUGGCACCCGGCCUGAAGACGAGGCAGAGGGCAAACACCCCCAGCGGGAGAAGUGGGCCAGCAAGCUGGACUUUGUUCUGUCUGUGGCUGGCGGCUUUGUUGGUUUAGGGAACGUCUGGCGUUUCCCGUACCUCUGCUAUAAGAAUGGUGGAGGUGCUUUUCUCAUCCCCUACUUCAUUUUCCUGUUUGGCGGAGGUCUGCCGGUCUUCUUCCUGGAGGUCGCCCUGGGUCAGUUCACCUCCGAGGGUGGCAUCACCUGCUGGGAGAAGCUGUGCCCCAUCUUUACUGGUAUUGGUUACGCCUCCAUUGUGAUUGUGUCCCUGCUGAAUAUCUACUACAUCGUCAUCCUGGCCUGGGGUCUCUAUUACCUGUUCCAGUGUUUUCAGCCGGAGCUGCCCUGGGCCAAGUGCAAUCAGCCCUGGAACACCCAUCGCUGCAUCGAGGACACCUACCGCAAGAACAAAUCCCUCUGGCUGGCCGCCAACGCCUCCAACUUCACCUCCCCCGUCACCGAGUUUUGGGAACAUAAUGUGUUGGGUAUCAGCAAUGGUAUCGACGACAUCGGUCCUAUUAAAUGGGACCUGGCUCUGUGUUUACUGCUCGUCUGGGUCAUCUGCUUCUUCUGCAUCUGGAAGGGAGUCAAGUCCACCGGCAAGGUGGUCUACAUCACAGCCACGUUCCCGUUUGUCAUGCUCAUCGUGCUGUUGAUUCGUGGUGUGACGCUGCCAGGUGCUUCUGCUGGCAUCAAGUUCUACCUGUACCCUGACCUCGCUCGUCUGAAGGACCCAGAGGUAUGGAUUGACGCCGGCACCCAGAUCUUCUUCUCCUAUGCCAUCUGUUUGGGCGCCAUGACGUCCUUGGGGAGCUACAACAAGUACAAAUACAACUGCUACAGGGACUGUUUGCUGCUGGGAGCCCUCAACAGUGGUACCAGUUUUGUGUCUGGCUUCGCAAUAUUUUCCGUCCUGGGCUUCAUGGCACAAGAGCAAGGGGUGGACAUUGCUGAUGUGGCAGAGUCAGGUCCCGGCCUGGCGUUCAUCGCCUACCCCAAGGCUGUAACCAUGAUGCCUUUUCCUACACUCUGGGCAAUCCUCUUCUUCAUUAUGCUGCUGCUGCUUGGCCUCGACAGUCAGUUUGUGGAGGUGGAAGGGCAGAUCACAUCACUGGUGGAUCUGUAUCCGUCCUUCCUACGGAAGGGUUACCGCAGAGAGAUCUUCAUCGCUAUCAUCUGCUGCAUCAGCUACCUGCUUGGACUCACCAUGGUUACCAAGGGUGGCAUGUAUGUUUUCCAGCUGUUUGAUUACUAUGCAGCUAGCGGUGUGUGCCUUCUGUGGGUGGCAUUCUUUGAAUGUAUAGCUGUUGCCUGGGUUUAUGGUGUUGAUAAUUUCUACGAUGCACUUGAGGACAUGCUUGGCUACAGACCAAAUCCCUGGAUGAAAUGGAGCUGGACUAUUAUCACUCCUGUACUGUGCAUGGGCUGCUUUAUCUUCUCCUUGGUCAAAUACAAGCCAUUGACGUACAACAAGGUCUACGAGUAUCCUGAUUGGGCCGUCGGAAUAGGUUGGACUCUGGCCUUGACCUCCAUGAUCUGCAUCCCCAUGGUGGUUGUCAUCAAGAUCAUCCGAUCUGAUGGGCCGCUCAUCGAGAGGAUUAAAGCGGUGGCAGCCCCGGUUCGUGGCGGGGCCAGCUCCCGUCCCGCAGACCACCGUGGCCUCAAGGAGCUCACCUACCCUCUGGACCCCAAUGGGAACAAGGGCCUGCUGAUGAAGGCCCCCACCCACACCAUCGUAGAGACCAUGAUGUAAAGGACUGAGGGGGAGGCUCUCCAUGAGAUCGCUCUCCUCUCCUCUCCUCUCCUCUCCUGUCCUCUAAGAUGCUUCUAAAGCUAGCUAGUUUUCUGUCUAUCUAUCUGUCUGUCUGGUGGACUGAUAAGGGUUUUAAGGAAAAAAAAAAAAAAAUGAGUUCCCGUUUCAAAUCUUGUUGGAAUACUUUGGAAGUAGUUUGCUCUUGGUGGGUUUUCGUAAGAGGGUAGCAAUCACAUUUCAAAUCUAUUUCUGAAU